UUUGUUAGGAUAGUACUUAUCCCGUUUGUCUUCUUACGAAAAUGCUACUUUUAAUGGGUUAUCCCUUUUCGGGCUCAAAUGGUGAUUUUAGGGUUUUUAUUCGGAUUCAUUUAUUGAAUGUCCUCCUCGGAAUUGGAGUUCAACUACCGCAUCGAAUCGGCACUGGGAGCUUAUUCUGAAGGUAACUUGUCCAUUACUGCUGCUAGCCUGCUAGGUUGGAAUUUGCGUUUCUGACAUCAUGGGAGCUUGCUUGACGAAGAAUCAGAAUGAUGGUGAUGAUUCUGAUCACCACUUUGACUUUGCUGGUGGUAAUGUGCACCUGAUUACUGGAAAAGGAAGUUGGGAACAGAAGUUGUCAGAAGCAAAUAUAGAUGGAAAAAUUGUAAUUGCGAACUUCAGUGCAACGUGGUGUGGUCCUUGUAGAAUGAUUGCACCAUUCUACAGCGAGUUAUCUGAGAAAUACCCUUCUUUAAUGUUCUUGGUGGUCGAUGUUGACGAACUAAGUGAUCUUAGCAGUGGAUGGGAGGUCAAGGCCACUCCUACAUUCUUCUUUCUUAGAGAUGGCCAGCAAGUCGACAAACUUGUAGGAGCUAACAAGCCAGAACUACAGAAGAAGAUAACUGCUGUGGUGGACUCAAUUGGCCCUUGUCUCAAGUGACUGUGCGGUGCUUUCUGUUUCAAAGGCCAGUAGAUUAUCAUUUGCAUCGACUGUCUUGUUCUGCUUAGUUGCAAUGUUUUCGCUCUGCAUGUUACUGAUUUGUCAUGUAUAUAUAUUGUGUGGACAUAUUUAUUGUUAGAAAUUUUGGGUAUUUUGAGUUCUUGACCCAGGAGCGAUGAAAUUGCAGUCUAAUGAAAAGUGAGGUGAAAGAGCCCAUGCGAGUGAAAUGGGCUCCUAAUCCCUCCUCGGAAGUCUCUAAAGUCCAGGGAAAUACUCCCAGUCCCGACCCUCUAAGCCUUGAGAUAUAACCAGCUGAAUUAUUACUGUGUGUUGAUAGACUUGUGAGUCGUCUGAUGGAAAAUGCUGCAUGUUCUUGUUAA